GCUCAUGUGACUGAAAAUUAGAGUAUCCGGAUAUAACUAUGACUAACAGAUGUCCGGAGUUUACCAAUUAGGUAAUACUACUCUAACUAUACUAUAAAUCGAUUAAAAGCAAUGGCAACUUAUACGGUAGACUCCACGGGGUCAUACAUGCAAGCCAUGCAGCCAAUGAUUGAAUUUUUAGAGAGUUUCGGUGUAAUGGCCGGAGAAGAGCACCGAAUUCCGAAUAUCGAUACUGAAAAAUCUCGUAGAGUAGUGGUAGGAGAUGUACUUGAGCAAUUCCAGUCGAUAUCUUCGGAUAUUGUGGAUGAUAUUGAUGUGGGAGAUGAUGUUCAAGAAGCCGGAGAUGUUGUAAGGCGAAUUAAGGACGAGUGUGGACGAGUCAGUCAAUUACGAGGUCAAGAACCAGAUGAUGUAUACAAUAUUGUUCAAGCUACGUUAGCCGAUGAACCCAACGAUGAACAACUUCAAUCACAAUUGUUUGAUAUACUUGGAUUUGAAGAGUUUGAGCUUAUCUCGGAAAUAGUACAACACAAGAAAGCAUUGGCCGAUAGUCAAGACAGUCGUAGUUCUGCCUCACAACCACAACCAGAAUUUAUGACUCCUCAACAACGAGCACAAUUCUUAGCUGAUAAUCAAGAAAGAGCCAAGAAUCAGAAACUUGCCCCUAAAGCGGUGCAUCAGAAGUAUCCUCAUGUAUUUAAAAACCCCGAAGUAGGAGGAGGAAUGUUAUCAAUUACUGGUAAAAAGUAUGCUUUACCUCCUGGUACUACACGAGAAUCUCAUGCAACUUUUGAAGAAAUCAUUAUACCUCAUGGAGAAACCAAACGGAAUAAAUGGAUUACCGAUGCUCAAUUGGUUCGAAUUAAAGAUUUGGAUUUGUUAUGUCAAGGUACAUUCAGUUAUAAGACAUUGAAUAAGAUGCAGAGUUUAGUAUUCCCUGUAGCAUAUAAUACUAAUGAAAAUAUGUUGGUGUGUGCUCCUACUGGUGCCGGUAAGACGGAUGUAGCAUUAUUAACUAUUUUGAAUACGAUUAAUCAGUAUGUUACUGAGACUCCCAUAGAAAGUAGUAGUAAUAAUUCUAAUGAUGAUAUCACUAUAGAUAUCGAUUAUAAUGCAUUUAAAAUCGUCUAUGUUGCUCCUUUAAAGGCAUUGGCAGCAGAAAUUGUUGAGAAAUAUAGUAAGAAAUUAGCCUGGUUAGGUAUAACCGUUCGAGAAUUAACGGGAGAUAUGCAAUUAACUAGACUGGAAAUAUUAACUACUCAAGUUAUAGUGACUACUCCUGAGAAAUGGGAUGUAGUUACGAGAAAACUGAAUGGAGAUAGUGAAUUAGUUACUAAAGUUAAAUUAUUAAUCAUUGAUGAAGUCCAUUUAUUACAUGAAGAUAGAGGUUCAGUUAUUGAAACAUUAGUAGCUCGUACAUUAAGACAAGUUGAAAGUACUCAACUGAUGAUUCGAGUCGUUGGACUUUCGGCCACUUUACCCAAUUAUAUGGAUGUAGCUGACUUUUUAGGAGUUAAUCGUUCGAUAGGAAUGUUUUAUUUUGAUUCAUCAUUUCGUCCUGUACCUUUAGAACAACAAUUACUUGGAGUUCGAGGUAAAGCCGGUUCUAAACAAGCUCGAGAGAAUAUAGAUAGAGUAUCUUAUGAUAAGUUGGUUGAGUAUCUUCAUCAGGAUUUACAGGUUAUGGUCUUUGUACAUUCUCGUCGAGAUACCGUUAAGACGGCUCGAACGUUUAUAGAAUUUGCUAAGGAAAAUAAUGAAACUUCACUAUUUAAUGAUUCAACUAAUGAUCAAUAUGAUAAGUUCAGUAAGGAGGUAGCCAAUAAGAAUCGGAAUAAAGAUAUGAAGGAAUUAUUUCAAUAUGGAUUUGGAGUUCAUCAUGCUGGAAUGCUUAGAAGUGAUAGAAAUCUUACUGAACGAAUGUUUGAAGCCGGAGUCAUUAAAGUAUUAUGUUGUACUGCCACUUUAGCAUGGGGAGUUAAUUUACCGGCUGCCGUAGUCAUUGUUAAAGGUACACAAGUAUAUGAUGCCAAACAAGGAGGGUUCAUAGAUUUAGGAAUCUCGGAUGUUAUCCAAAUCUUUGGGAGAGCAGGUAGACCACAAUAUGAACAAUUUGGGACAGGGAUCUUAUGUACAUCGAGUGAUCGAUUAGAUCAUUAUGUACUGUUGAUAACUCAACAACAUCCGAUUGAAUCCAAACUUCUGGAAAAACUAAUUGAUAAUUUGAAUGCCGAGAUCUCUUUGGGUAGUGUAACCAAUGUGGAUGAAGGAGUCAGAUGGUUGGGGUAUACGUAUAUGAUGGUAAGAAUGAGACAGAAUCCAUUUGCUUAUGCCAUUGAAUGGAAAGAACUUCGAGAAGAUCCGUUACUUACUAAUAAAAGACGAGAGAUGAUAGUGGCAGCCGCUCGAAGACUUCAUGGACUACAAAUGAUUAUCUUUGAUGAGAAUUCAGGAUCACUUGUGGCCAAGGAUUUGGGUCGUAUAGCAUCUGAUUUCUAUUUACUAAACAAUUCCAUAGAAAUCUUUAAUCAGUUACUUAACCCAUCAGCCACUGAAGCCGAUGUGUUAUCUAUGAUAAGUAUGAGUAGUGAAUUCGAUGGUAUUAAGUUUCGAGAAGAAGAAAGUACCGAAUUGAAGGCCUUACUUGAAAGUGAAACCUCAUGUCAGAUCGCCGGGGAUGUAGAGAGUGCUGCUGGUAAAACCAAUAUCUUAUUACAGGCAUUCAUAUCUCGAGCACUAGUUAAGGAUUCGGCGUUAAUCUCGGAUUCUAACUAUGUAUCUCAGAAUGCAGCCAGAAUAUGUCGAGCCUUAUUCCUCAUUGGAAUCACUCGAAGAUGGGGCACAUUCCUUAAGAUUAUGUUAUCGAUCUGUAAAUCUAUUGAUCGACGGAUUUGGGGGUUUGAUCAUCCGCUUGCGCAAUUUGAUUUACCUGAACCAGUCAUGAGAAAUAUCCGAGCUAAGAAUCCUUCUAUGGUAACAUUAAGAGAUAUGGAAGCAGGAGAAUUAGGAGAUUUAGUUCAUAAUAAUCGAAUGGGUGAUAUCCUCUUUAAGUUAGUAGGCAAAUUCCCCUCCAUUGAUAUUGAUGCUGAAGUAUUUCCUAUAACCAGUAAUGUUAUGAGAGUUCAUAUUGAUUUAGAACCAGACUUUAUCUGGGAUGACAAGUAUCAUGGCCAUGCCCAAUUCUUCUGGGUUACGGUAGAGGAAUCAGAUAAAUCAGAACUCCUUCAUGUAGAGAAAUUCAUCUUGAAUAGGAAACAGAUGAAGAGUAGUCAUGAAAUGGAUGUUAUGAUCCCGUUGGCUGAUCCCUUACCUCCUCAAAUCUUAGUUAGAGUGCUUUCCGAUACUUGGAUUGGUUCAGAAUCGGUUCAUUCCAUCUCGUUCCAACAUUUGAUUCGUCCCUCUAAUGAAACCAUUAGAACCAACCUCUUAAAGUUACAACCUUUACCAUUGAAUGCUUUACACAACAGGGAGAUUGAAGCCAUCUAUAGUUCCAAAUUCCGAUACUUCAAUCCCAUGCAAACCAUGACAUUCCAUUCCCUCUAUAAUACUAAUUCUAGUGUAUUUGUGGGGUCUCCUACUGGAUCAGGAAAGACCGUAGUGGCCGAAUUGGCCAUUUGGCAUGCGUUUAAGGAAUUCCCCAAUUCCAAAAUAGUUUAUAUUGCUCCGAUGAAGGCGUUGGUUAGAGAAAGAGUCGAUGAUUGGCGAGCUAGAAUCUGUAGAAAUACCAAGUAUAAAUUGGUAGAAUUGACUGGGGAUUCCCUUCCGGAAGCCAAAGAUGUAAGAGAAGCCGAUAUUAUUAUUACUACACCCGAGAAGUUUGAUGGGAUAUCUCGUAAUUGGCAAACUCGGAAGUUUGUUCAACAGAUUUCUUUAGUGAUUAUGGAUGAAAUUCAUUUAUUGGCCAGUGAUCGAGGUCCUAUUUUGGAGAUGAUUGUUAGUAGAAUGAAUUAUAUAUCUUCUCAAACUCAUAAACCUAUUCGAUUACUUGGAAUGUCGACGGCCGUUUCCAAUGCUAUAGAUAUGGCAGGAUGGUUAGGAGUUAAGGAGGGAUUAUUUAAUUUCCCUCUGUCAGUGCGUCCCGUUCCACUUCAAAUGUAUAUUGAUGGAUUCCCUGACAAUUUGGCAUUCUGUCCAUUAAUGAAAACCAUGAAUAAACCAGCAUUUAUGGCUAUAAAGCAACAUUCUCCUAAUAAACCAGUAUUGAUCUUUGUAGCUUCAAGACGUCAAACUCGUCUUACAGCACUAGAUCUUAUCCAUUUAUGUGGAAUGGAAUCCGAUCCUCGUCGAUUCCUUAAGAUGCCCGAUUCAGAAUUAGAAAAUAUCUUGGCCGGAGUUAAGGACGAUACUUUAAAACUUUCUCUACAAUUCGGAAUUGGACUUCAUCAUGCGGGUCUAGUAGAGUCAGAUCGACAAAUCAGUCAUAAACUAUUUGAAGCUGGGAAAGUACAAAUCUUAGUGGCUACUUCGACUUUGGCAUGGGGAGUUAAUUUACCAGCUCAUUUGGUUAUUAUAAAGGGUACGCAAUUCUUUGAUGCUAAGAUUGAAGGGUAUAGAGAUAUGGAUUUAACUGAUAUCUUACAAAUGAUGGGUAGAGCUGGACGUCCAGCCUAUGAUACUUCGGGGAUUGCUAUUGUGUAUACUAAAGAAUCUCGUAAAGUGUUUUAUAAGCACUUUUUAAAUAUCGGAUUCCCCGUAGAAUCAUCUUUACAUAAAGUAUUGGAUGAUCAUAUUGGAGCAGAAAUCUCUUCAGGAACUAUUACUACGAGACAAGAGGCUAUGGAUUUCUUAACUUGGACUUUCUUAUAUCGUCGAGCUCAUAAUAAUCCAACUUAUUAUGGGAUUGAAGAUGUUAGUAGUGCUGGGAUCUCUCUGUAUUUGGCUUCAUUAAUUGAUAAUGCCAUUGACAAUUUAAUUGAAUCUAGUUGUGUAACUUUAGGUGGAAAGGAUCAACUUCAUCCUACUCCCUUUUUGGAUAUCUCUUCCUACUAUUAUCUUUCUCAUAGGACCAUAAGAAACUUGGUUAAUAAGGUUAAUAAAGAUUCUGGAUUUAGAGAUUGUUUACGAUAUCUUUGUGAAGCCACGGAAUAUAAUGAAUUGGCUACUAGACAUGGAGAAGAAUUAAUUAAUGCCGAGAUGUCUCUAUCCAUGAGGUAUCCUGCUGAAGAUUUACAAUGUGAAUUUAUAUGGGAUCCUCAUGUUAAGGCAUACUUAUUGAUUCAAGCCUUUAUGAGUCGAGUUGAAUUACCCAUUGCAGAUUAUGCUCAGGAUACUGUGGCAGUCCUUGAUCAAGCCUUACGUGUACUCCAAGCAUUUAUAGAUGCAUGUUCGGAAUUGGGCUAUUUGAAGACAGUCCUUGUAUUGAUUCAAUUAAUGCAAUGUAUCAAGCAAAGAUGCUGGUAUGAUGAUGACCAGAUAUCUGUCUUGCCUGGAUUAGAGACUUGGACGAAGAAGGAUAAUGCCAAGGUUGAUUUAGAAACUUUAGGGAAUCUGAAUCGAGGCAGGUUAUUUGGUAUAGCUGCCACAUUGGGUCUUGAACAGGAAUCCGAUAAGAAAGAGUUUGUUCGUAUUGCUUCUCACUUACCGGUGGGUAAAGUGAGUAUUACUCAGGAUAGUUCUAGUGAGUUAUUAGUAGAGAUUAGCCAUUCUAAUGCUCCACUCAAUAAUGAGUUUAAAGUAUAUGCUCCUCAUUUCCCUAAAGCACAAAGAGAAUCAUGGUUUAUCAUAGCUAGUGAUCGAGAACAUCAAGAGUUAUUACUUAUCAAACGGGCUAGCCCCAGUCUAGUGGGUAAGAAAGGUAAAGUUAGUUGUAGAUUGGAUAUCUCGGAAGAGAUCCGAGGUAAGGAAGUGACCAUCUGGGCCAUCAAUGAUUCGAUGGAUAUCCAGUAUGUGACUGACUACGAUAUGAACAUCUAAGAGAGUUAAGUUUUAGUUUAGGUUUAGUAUGGUUAAUACUCAAUAGUUU